AUGAUUUGCGAAAAGGAAUACAAGGUCGUCGUUACGGCCUGCGCUGCUGGUAAACCUGGGUACCGACACUCUGGCAAGCCAUUCAAGGAGAACGAGAAGAACCCCACGCAAGAUGUCAAGUUGGCGCUGCCUGAUCGCAUCGAGCGCGAAGGACGCGUGCCUAUCAAGAUCAUCAAGUAUCACACCGACUUCCGCAACGUCAUCAGAGACAUGGAUAUCAUCCCGCAGCUCUGGAUUGAGGACAAGAGAGUCUAUGAGCCCGACGCCAAGGAGGGCAAAAAGAUCCACAUUGACGCCAUGCUUCACUUGGGCAUGAACUUUGCCGACUACUGGCAGGUUGAGAAGAGAGCUCGUCGGGACGGCUACGACUGGACGGGCGACGACGGGGUACCUCUUCCAAGUCACAACGGCGACAAGGGCGGGCGAUGGGAGGGGCUGCCUGACCAGUUGCGGCCUGUCUUUGACGUUGAUGGCAUCCCUUGUACAGACGAGAAGAGCCGCCCCGCGCUUUGUUCCUCUACCACGCAGGAAAAAAAGACAGCCAAGGAAGAUAUUGAGGAGGGCGCAAGAGUUGCAGCCGCUGUGAUUCGCUCAAUGGUCGAUCAACUCGAAGGUCUUCGCCAACGGCUGCUCGAUAUUUGGGGGCGAAUUCCUUCAGACAACAUUAUGCGGCUACUCGAAAUUGAGUCAAGAACGUUGAAGGAGUUUAGUGAUAAAACUCGCGUGUCCUAUGCCAUCCUCUCACACCGGUGGGAGGACGAUGAGGUCCUAUUCCAGGAUCUCACGCAGGGAACGGCAUCCUUGAAAAGGGGCUGGAAAAAGGUGGAAAAUUUCUGCCGCGUCGCUCAGAAGGAAGGAUUCCGCUACGUCUGGAUCGACACAUGCUGUAUCGACAAGUCGUCAAGUGCUGAGCUUUCCGAAGCCAUCAACUCCAUGUACCGCUGGUACCAGAACGCAGACACGUGUUUCGCCUACUUGAACGACUGCAGCUACGAGGCUGUCCGCCAGCCUGGGAGCACCGAGCUUCAAAAGAGUAAAUGGUUCACGCGGGGAUGGACUCUCCAGGAACUCAUUGCGCCCGCCGAGGUGGUGUUCCUGUCAGCCGAAUGGAGGGAGUUUGGGACCAGGCGCAGUCUUGCCAGCGAAAUUGGGCAGAUCACGAACAUCGACCCGCAGUUGCUUUUUUUCCCUGCGCGGUUGAAUCAGUUUUGCGCUGCACAGAAGUUAUCAUGGGCAGCGACGAGGGAGACGACCAGGAUUGAAGACCGAGCCUAUAGCUUGAUGGGGCUUUUCAGCGUCAACAUGCCGUUGCUCUACGGUGAAGGAAAUAAGGCCUUCUUUCGCCUUCAGAUGGAGAUUCUGCAGUCCGUUAGCGACCAGAGCAUCUUCGCAUGGAAGCACAACCCCCAAAAUGGUUUCCGGAUCUACUCGAGUAUCUUGGCUACGUCACUGGGGGAUUUUGAGGGAUGCCAUAGGAUCAGGCACACGCCCCGGCAAUUAGGAACCGACCAAGAUUCUGGAGUACCCGAGUUGCCCCAGCAAGUGGUCGGCCCAUUUAUCAAACUCAAAGCUCUAUCGAUACCAUACGACGGAUCGUUCAACCCAUCACUGCUAGGAUCAGAGCAACAUCGGCAACAACCCCCUUGGUUAACUUCCGUCUAUAAGGAGAUCUAUGCCAAUCGUACGUAUGCGAGAUCGCGUAUCUGGGUAGUGUUUCUGGUGGACUGUUCAGAAGAGGAUGGAACAAUAGGCAUUGCUUUGAGGCGAACUAGUUCUGGCUUUUACCGAUAUCAUGGUCCUUCGCGAUUCCGACUUCCCCGAGUAAUUGACUGCAGAGGUCAUGCCGAUCUCAAGGAAAGACUCUUUCACGUUCGCUCACUCAUAAACGACACUCCAAUCAUUGAACAAUCGAAAACACUCCAUCUUCGACGACUCCCAGCCGAGUAUGGAUUGCGGAUGACGACACCUGUUUUACUGGAUAGGGGGAAUCGUGAUUCAAAGAUAUACCGGCACAAUAAUGAAACCCACCCAGGUUCAAUUGGAACGAUAAUCACUCUUUGGAAAGGAAUCUUCUGGCCCUCGCGCGAGUAUUUAUAUUUCUCACUUGAGUUCAGGACCAGAUGUGGCACAGACUCACUACCUCCUUUCCAUCUUGAAUUCUGGCACGCCCUUGGUAGUGAUCAUUCUGAGCUCUCAGUGUUGUUUGGGAAAGGUGCCCUUACCCAGAAUCAUGUACCCUCACCAAGGCCAUCAUCCCUAGAUUUACUACUAGGGCCGCGGGAAUUCGAACUCAUGACAGCCUUUGUCCUAGUUGUGAAGGCAAGGAACGGCACUGGCAACAAGAUCUUGCUGAGCAUCUUUGUCGAGAAUAAGUGGACGGGCGAUCCAUCCGGAAUAAGUACCGAGGCACUGCAAGGGAAAAUGGAGCUGGAUGCAUGAUCAUGAGGCUGCUAGUCUUUGCACGCGUUAAUCUUCUGCUAGGCUGUG